AUCAAAAUGAUGGCAGUCAUAUUUGAAGCAGAAAUAAUGUAGCAACCAUAUUCAGAAGUGUUAUUUAUCAGUGAGCACAGUUAAUAGAUGUCCACUCCUACGGACCAAGCAGUUGGUAUGGCUCACGCGGGUCCGUCUCCAGGUGCUGGCCUGUCUCCAGGGCCCAUUCUAGGACCCAGUCCUGGCCCCUCACCGGGCUCAGCACACAGCAUGAUGGGCCCCAGUCCUGGACCCCCAAGUGUCCCCCACACCAUGCAGAGUCAGGGUACUGGAGAUUACUCCCAGGAGGGCAUGCAUCCCAUGCACAAGUCUAUGGAGGGUAUGCAUGAGAAGAGUAUGGCUGAGGACAUGCAUUAUGGCCAAAUGAAGGGUGUUGGGAUGAGAUCCCUACAUAGUGGCAUGGGCCCUCCACAGAGUCCAAUGGACCAACACGGCCAAGGAUAUAUGUCUCCUCAUCCCUCUCCAAUGGGGGGUGUGCCAGAACAUGUACCCAGCCCAAUGUCAGGAGGAGGCCCGACACCUCCACAGCUGCCCCCUGCCCAACCAGGUCCCAUGAUGCCGAUGGAUCCCCAGGGAAUGGGCCAGCCAGGCCGUGGACCUUCUGCAUUCAGCCCUGUUCAGCUGCAGCAGCUACGGGCUCAGAUUCUGGCCUAUAAGAUACUGGGUCGUGGUCAGCCGCUGCCUGAGAACCUCCAGUUGGCUGUGCAAGGCAAGAGGAGCCUUCCCACAAUGCAACAGCAGCCUGUCAGCAGUGGGCCCUACAAUAGACCACCAGGUAUGGCUAUGCCUCCGAUGGGCGGGGCUGCCCCCACCCUACAGCCUCAUCCUCAAACACCUGGCCCCAAGCCGUGGACUGAGAGCCAAAGUACUGAGACUGCCAGUGUUCCACAGAAGCUUCCUGUUCCAGCCCCUAGUGGACGCCCCUCCCCAGUCCCCUCCCAGGCUCCGCCCCAACCCCAGGCCACACCCAGCACCUCCCUCUGCCAGCUGCCACAGCCUCAACAGCAGCAGCAGCAGCAGCAGCAGCAGCAGCCUGCAGGCCAGCCCUCUCUCCUCAUGCAGCUCCAACAGAAACAAAACCGGAUCACUCCAAUCCAGAAACCGCAGGGCCUAGAUCCUGUGGAGCUGCUGCAAGAGAGAGAGUACAGAUUACAGGCCAGGAUUGCUCAUCGGAUCCAAGAGCUGGAGAAUUUGCCGGGUUCUCUGCCACCUGACUUGAGGACUAAAGCCACGGUGGAGCUGAAAGCCCUCCGACUGCUGAAUUUCCAGAGACAGCUGAGACAGGAUGUAGUGGCAUGCAUGCGCAGGGACACCACCCUGGAGACAGCCCUGAAUUCCAAGGCCUACAAACGCAGCAAGAGGCAGACGCUGAGAGAGGCACGGAUGACAGAGAAACUUGAGAAGCAGCAGAAGAUUGAACAGGAGAGAAAACGCAGACAAAAACAUCAGGAAUAUCUGAACAGCAUUCUCCAGCAUGCUAAGGACUUUAAGGAGUACCAUCGGUCCAUUUCUGGAAAAAUCCAGAAGCUCUCCAAAGCAGUUGCCACAUGGCACACCAACACAGAGCGUGAGCAGAAGAAAGAAACAGAGAGAAUUGAGAAAGAGAGGAUGAGAAGGCUCAUGGCAGAGGAUGAGGAAGGCUACAGAAAACUGAUCGAUCAAAAGAAAGACAAGCGUCUGGCUUACCUGCUCCAGCAGACAGACGAAUACGUGGCCAACUUGACUGAGCUGGUUUAUGAGCACAAGGCAGCCCAGGCUGCCAAGGAGAAGAAGAAGAGGAAGAGGAAGAAGAAGAAGAAAGUAGAAGAAACUUCUGAAGGAAUUGGAUCCAUUGGACUAGAUGGAGAGCCCAUUGAUGAGAGCAGUCAGAUGAGUGAGCUGCCUGUGAAGGUCAUUCAGACGGAGACAGGCAAAGUUCUGCAGGGAACAGAUGCUCCCAAGUCCAGCCAACUGGAGGCAUGGCUAGAGAUGAACCCUGGUUACGAAGUUGCCCCAAGGUCGGAUAGUGAGGAGAGUGGCUCAGAGUUUGAAGAAGAGGAUGAAGAGGAGGUGGUGUCUCGUGCUGAGUCUGAGGAGAAGAGAAUCAUUACUGAUCCUAACAGUGAUGAAGUUUCUGAGACAGCAGCCAAGCACAUCAUAGAGUCAGCAAAGCAGGAUGUGGAUGAUGAGUACAGUGUUCAGGCCGGACAGACCAGUUCCCAGUCUUACUACGGAGUCGCCCACGCUGUCACUGAGAAAGUGGAAAAACAGUCAUCGCUCCUUGUCAAUGGAACCCUAAAACAGUACCAGAUUCAGGGCCUGGAGUGGAUGGUGUCUCUGUAUAACAAUAAUCUGAAUGGUAUUCUGGCUGAUGAGAUGGGACUGGGCAAGACCAUUCAGACCAUCGCCCUCAUCACCUAUCUGAUGGAGCACAAAAGACUGAACGGACCAUACCUCAUCAUUGUUCCUCUCUCAACUCUGUCCAACUGGGUGUAUGAGCUAGACAAGUGGGCUCCAUCAAUUGUCAAAAUAGCAUACAAGGGGACUCCUGCCAUGCGAAGGUCACUGGUGCCGCAGCUCCGCAGUGGGAAGUUCAAUGUUCUUCUCACCACAUAUGAGUAUAUCAUUAAGGACAAGCACAUCCUAGCCAAGAUUCGAUGGAAAUACAUGAUUGUGGAUGAGGGUCACAGGAUGAAGAAUCACCACUGUAAGCUGACUCAGGUGUUGAACACACACUACGUUGCCCCGCGCCGUCUGCUCCUGACUGGCACCCCACUGCAGAACAAACUGCCUGAGCUCUGGGCCCUGCUCAACUUCCUGCUGCCCACCAUCUUCAAGAGCUGCAGCACCUUUGAGCAGUGGUUCAACGCUCCCUUUGCCAUGACCGGGGAGAGGGUGGAUCUAAAUGAGGAAGAGACCAUCCUUAUCAUUCGCCGCCUGCACAAGGUUCUCCGCCCCUUCCUGCUGCGCAGACUGAAGAAAGAGGUGGAGUCCCAGCUCCCUGAAAAGGUGGAGUAUGUGAUCAAAUGUGACAUGUCUGCAAUUCAGAGGGUUCUUUACAGACACAUGCAGGGUAAAGGAAUCCUGCUCACUGAUGGCUCAGAGAAAGACAAGAAAGGUAAAGGAGGAGCGAAGACCUUGAUGAACACCAUCAUGCAGCUGAAGAAGAUCUGUAACCACCCCUACAUGUUCCAGCACAUUGAGGAAUCCUUUGCUGAACAUCUGGGAUAUCCAAACGGCAUUAUCAAUGGUCCUGAUCUGUAUCGUGCAUCGGGGAAGUUUGAGCUGUUGGAUCGUAUCCUGCCCAAGCUGCAGGCAACUCACCACCGAGUCCUGCUCUUCUGUCAGAUGACUUCCCUCAUGACCAUAAUGGAGGACUACUUCGCCUACCGCAACUUCCUGUACCUGCGCCUGGACGGGACGACUAAGUCUGAGGACCGUGCAGCUCUGCUGAAGAAGUUUAAUGAUGAAAAUUCACAGUACUUCAUCUUUCUCUUGAGCACCAGGGCCGGAGGUCUGGGUCUGAACCUCCAGGCCGCAGACACAGUGAUCAUCUUCGACAGCGACUGGAACCCACACCAGGAUCUGCAGGCUCAGGACCGGGCCCACCGCAUUGGCCAGCAGAACGAAGUGCGUGUGCUACGUCUCUGCACCGUAAACAGUGUGGAGGAGAAGAUCCUGGCUGCCGCCAAGUACAAGCUCAAUGUGGACCAAAAGGUCAUCCAGGCUGGCAUGUUUGACCAAAAAUCAUCCAGUCAUGAACGCAGGGCUUUCCUACAGGCCAUUCUUGAACAUGAAGAGCAGAACGAGGAAGAAGAUGAAGUUCCUGAUGAUGAAACACUCAAUCAGAUGAUAGCACGUAACGAGGAGGAGUUUGAGCUCUUCAUGCGCAUGGAUAUGGACCGUCGACGGGAGGAUGCGCGGAACCCCAAGCGUAAGCCUCGUCUGAUGGAGGAGGAUGAACUGCCCUCCUGGAUCAUUAAAGACGACGCAGAAGUGGAGAGACUCACCUGUGAGGAGGAGGAGGAGAAAAUGUUUGGCCGCGGCUCCCGCCAUCGCAGAGACGUGGAUUACAGUGACGCCCUCACGGAGAAACAGUGGCUGAGGGCCAUUGAAGAUGGUAACCUGGAAGAGAUGGAAGAGGAGAUUCGUCUGAAGAAGAGGAAAAGGAGGAGACAUGUGGACAAAGAUGGCAGGAGAGAGGAUGGAGAGAAGGCCAAAAAGAGGAGAGGGCGCCCCCCAGCAGAGAAACUCUCCCCCAACCCUCCAAAGCUCACCAAACAGAUGACAGCCAUUGUGGACACUGUCAUCAACUACAGAGAUGGAUCAGGCCGGCAGCUGAGUGAGGUGUUUGUGCAGCUGCCCUCGCGGAAAGAGCUCCCAGAAUACUACGAGCUGAUAAGGAAGCCGGUGGACUUUAAGAAGAUCAAGGAGCGGGUGCGUAAUCAUAAAUACAGGAGUGUGAACGACCUUGAGAAAGACGUCAUGCUACUCUGUCACAAUGCCCAAACCUACAACCUGGAGGGCUCACAGAUCUAUGAGGACUCUAUUGUGCUCCAGUCAGUUUUUAAGAGUGCACGACAGAAGAUUGCUAAAGAGGAGGAGAGUGAGGAAGAAAGUAAUGACGAUGAAGAGGAGGAGGAUUCUGAGGCAGAGGCUAAGUCAGUGAAAGUGAAGAUUUGGCUUGGGAAGAGGGAUGAGCGUGGGCAGGACAAAGCCAAGAGGAAAGCCAGCCGUGCCAAGGCCAAGCCCGUCGUCAGUGACGAUGACAGCGAAGAUGAGCAUGAAGACAAUGAACAGACGGAAGGCAGCCGGACUGACGAUGAGUGAGGAGGAGGAGAAUGAGGAAGAUAACAAGAGCUGAUUUGCAGCGUUGUUUAUGCUAUCUUUCCUUUUAUCAUCAGAGAUAUAUUGACUUUCAUUCAUCUAUUUUUCAUCAGCUUCUUAAGAUACAUUUGCUCUGCUCUCUGUCCAGUUCUGCCACAUGGUUAGGAUAAACUGUUUUAUGAAAGAUAAGACAGGCACAUUGUGACAUUAAAGACAUGUUUUAAGUUGAGCUUGAUGAACAUUGGAGCUUUGCUGGAGCGGGUUGUGGGUGUUCCAUGCCUGUAGUAAUAAAUGUUCAUAUCCGCCACAGUCUAAAAUUAAGUCUAUGUGUUUGUACAUAUUUUAUCUCCAUGCAGUAUUGUAAUCAAGCAAGAAAAUAAAAAAUGCAUUUAUCUGUGAGGUGAGGGGGAAAACAUAAAUUGAAAUACAGCAUUUUUAGUAACUUUCUAAAAAAAAAAAAAAGAAAAAAAAAAUUCUCUCAGUGUUUGUAUCUUAGCAAUACAGAGGCACUAAGUCUGACCGCCCAUGGUCACUGUAUGUAGUGCCAUAUUCUGUGGUCUUCACUCAAAGUGAAUUCAAAUCUUAGUCCAAAACUUUAACAGAGGGCCUUGUCUUUGCCUCAGUGUGGACCAGAUAACUAGCCAAUGAGCUGUUGCUUGUCACGUUGGAUCAGUCUGUAAGACAUCAGUGUCAGUGUAGUAAAGGUUACAGGGAGUUGGACCUGUUUCAAAGUUUUGGAACCUGGCUGUUUUGAAGUUGAUUUUGAUUACACCUCUUCUCUGUUUGGUGCCAUCAUAUUUCAGUGAAUUUACAGGCUAGUCUAAAUCUGAUACAGCCAAAGAAAAAUGAAGUGAUGACAGUGAGAUUUUAGCAGACACCCAGACUUGUUGUCCCUCUUCUUUCUCUGCAGCUCAGCUCUGAGUGAGUGUGCUCUCUUCGAAGAUUAAAAACAAGCCCCACAGCCGUGAAAAUCUUAUAAUCUGUUUAAAAAGUUAUUUUUUAAUAUGUUUUCAAAGACAGCUUAGUAUAGGUAUGCCAUGAUGAAGCCUCAAUAUCAGUAUGAAUUAUGUAAUUUUGCAGUUUAAUAUGCUUUUGCUUAUGACCCCUGGUCAUGAGAUGUUGUAUGACAGUAUUAGUGAGCAUUGUCUGGCUUUGCUUUGACUUUGUUUAUCGCCAUAUGUUACUCGUGUGGUCUAUGCUUGUCACCCUCUUUCACAUGUCGUAAUCUCUUUCUUUGCACACUGUCUUUGUGAUCUCAUCGCCCAAA